CAUGCAUAAAAAUAAACUAAAUAAUUUAACAACAAAUAACAAUACAACAACUGCAUUUAAUACAUCAACAACAACAUCAACAUCAUUAUCACCCAACUCAUCAACAACUUCAUCAUCAUCAUUAUCUUCUUUAAAUAAUACAACAACUGAUGAUCUACAACAUUCGCUGCAGUCUCAUCAACGUCAUCAUCAACGUCCGCAGCACAGCCACCAUCAACAUCGCCAACAUCAAUUUAAACCACAGCAACAACAACUACAACAAACUUCUACUUCAAUAUUAAAUUCAUCUAUUGCUUCAAUUGAUCUAGAGCAAUACAUUGAAGCAAUGGAGGCACGUAGCACAGCCAGUGAACGUAAUCCGGAAACAGAUGUCUGGGCCCAGCUGCAACAAAAAGAAUCUGAUAUCUUACUGGCCGCCGAAUUGGGCCAGGCGCUGCUGGAGGAGAAUCAAGAGUUGAAAAAGAAACUAGAGAAGGAAAUUAAAGAGAAUUCUGCAAAAAUAGAGGUAAGCAAAAUUUUAAAUUACAUCUUAAAUAUACAAUUUUUUAAAAUGUAAGUAAUAUUUUCACUUUCAAUUUAACAAACAACUUACCUCCUUAAUUAUCUAUUAUCAUGUUAUUAUCCCAUUUAAACCUUUUACUACCCAAUAACUUCCCUACACCACUUUAAGUUAAACGAACAAACCUUAUAACUUUUUUGCCUAAGUCUCCGCCAUUAACAUGUUAAAUAUUUUAACAAGACAUUUUUCAAGACAACACUUUUCACAUUUUAACAUAAAAGCCAUAUAACUAUUAUUUAAUGCUAAUUUGCAACACUUUUUUUGCCCAUAAAAAAUUAAAGAUUUUAAUCAAUUUGUUCCCAUAAAAAGGGAAACAAAUGCAAAUAAAAUCCAUUGUCUUUUCAAGCAGGGAAUUUAACCUAUUUUUUCCCCUUUGGAAAAAAAAUUUCCUCAAAUGGAAACUAAAACUAUAUUUAGGCAAUUAUUUAGCUGUGAAAUAGAAAUUUGUUACAUUUUACCUAAAGCGGACUUAUAUACGAAACAAUUUUAAGUUACCACGAAAAUCGUUUAAAUUUUUCAACUAAAACUUAAGUAUAUGUGUUGAAAGCUGUCUUUAAAAAUAACUUAACUGCUGCAAAAUGUGGCAAGUUAAAGACACAAAUAGAAAUCAUUUGUUGUAAACACCUUUUCAAACAAAACUGCACAGAAAAACAUUAUUAUUUACUUAAUUAAAACUUAAGUUAAAUACUAAUAACGCCGUUAAUAUUUUACAACGGCGGCCUUUAACUUAAAAAAAUUUUUAGCGCCGACCUGAAAUUCUUCUAUAAGACGUUUGAAAAAUAAAUAUUUAAAUAGCACAAAAAUAAAGUUAGUUAGUUUGAAAGGAGGAUGUAUACACAUCAAAUCAGAAGAAAUACACCUAG